AUGACGGUCGCAAUCGAAAGAUGUGCCUACGAUGACGGCGACAGCGAGAAGACAUCACUAUUUCGCGAUGAUCCCUUCUCAUUAAUAUUGUAUCAUCAAGCUGUAGGACUGAUCUAUGACAACUACGACACCACGAAGCGAAUAGAGAACACUGUGAACAGCAUCUAUCGAAUAACCGUUGCACUGUUAGUUAUCGUGACGCUGAUGGUGGUGGGGAUGAUUGUCUUCAUUUGUGUUAUGGGCUUCAAACGAUAUCAGAAUGAGAGCAAUGCUGCCACAGAACAUGUGCCGUUGAAAACUUUUCGCGAACAACGACAACAACAGCAGCAACAACAGCAACAACGAAGAACCGAAUCAUCAGCAUCCGAAGUCACGGAAAAGCUCAUGCGACAUCAACAAGCGCGCGGAUAUCACUCUUACAUCAACAGCGGAAAUCUGCUCCGAUCGAAAUUUGAAUCUGAAUCUACACCUUAUUCGGGUAGUCGUCAGUUCGUCCAUCAUAGGUGCUCAAAAUCUCCUCCGAACUCGACAAAUAUCGCCAAAUUCCGCCAAACUUCAGACUUUGUUUUAGCAUUCCUACUCACUACUAGGAUCGCUACUCACAUUCUUGCGCUAUUGGCUAUAGCGAGUCCACAAGUUCUUAAAGCAUUCGUGUCAGAUCAUACGGGAAUAUGUGCCGUUAUCCUUGCCAACCGAGUUUGUCAUGUUGAUGAACAGUUUCCUAUUCGAAAAGAAACCGUGUUUUUAAUUAAUAUAAUGAGUUCACGAACGGAUAUUCCUCUACCCAGAAUGAAUAACAAAGGAUAUGUCUACACUGAUGAUCAGGAAAGAAUACUAAUCAGACAGGAAGAAGACAUCGGAUACAAAGAGGACAAAGGUAUCGGCACUCUCAAAAAGUUUUAUAAAAUCAAGACGAUUAACAAAACCGAGGAGAUUGAUGGCUCACCAUUGAUAUUCGUAGCCGUAACUUACUGCAGCUAUUGGCAUGUUCUCAAAAAGCUUCGUAAAGUGAAGAUGAUUAACAAAACAGAGGAUGCUGACGGCACAUCAACGGUGUCGAUAAUCGUGACUCACUGCAGAUCUGAGCUCCUGGGAAUCGGGCCCCCCUUACUACCACGCCCACUGGCGGCGCCAUUGAUCGGCGUAAACAAAGCAUGGCGGCAGAUCGUCUGUACGGAAAACAGAACUGAGGAAACGCUGAAUGAGAACACCACAAUGGAUGGAGAGAUGGAGAACUGCCUGAAGGUGAGCUGCAUCCGAAACACCCGUGCAAAACGUUGUUGUAGGCAACCCCACAUAUUACUUUGGUGGACAGAUGAAAUACCAUUAGGCAGCAGAUUACAGAAUCCGCGAUGA